AUGGCUAAGAAUCCCCCAAAACCAGCCCCUCACAGGAUCUUCCAAGAAAGGUCAAAGAUUACUGCUCUACCCUUAUACUUUGAAGGUUUUUUAUUAGUCAAGUGGUCAGAAUACCAGUAUGUUGACAAGUUAGACAUAAUAGACCUCACACACCUUACUGACCAGAAUUCAACUGAAAAGAAUUGUGCAAAAUUCACCCUUGUUUUGCCAAAAGAGGAAGUGCAAUUGAAGACAGAGAGCACAGAAAGUGGGGAAAAAUGGAGAGGCUUCAUUCUCACAGAAACAGAGCUGUCAAUUCCCCUACAUGUGUCACUCCUUCCUGGGCAAAUAAUUAGAUUGCAUGAAGUCCCAGAGAGAGAAAAGAAAAGGAGGAUUGAGACAGAGCGGACACCGAGUUCAUUUCCGGAAAAAGGGAAGGAACCAGUUGAAGAUUAUGUGGAUGUAUUGAACCCUGUGCCAGCGAAAGUGCACCAUGAACUUCAAUGUUUUUAUACAGUGUCCCGGAAAGAAGCAACAGAGAUGCUUGAGAAGAACCCUUCCUUGGGAAAUAUGAUCCUGAGGCCUGGUAGUCACAGCCGAAACUAUUCUAUCACCAUCCGGCAGGAAACAGCCCUGCCAAGAAUCAAGCACUACAAAGUGAUGAGUGUAGGAAAAAACUAUAUUGAAUUGGAAAAACCUGUAACACUCCCAAAUCUUUUCAGCGUCAUUGAUUAUUUCGUGAAGGAGACUCGAGGAAAUUUACGACCAUUUAUAUAUUCAACUGAUGAGACCCUUGAGAUCAAAGGAUUUUCUGUAACAUCUCUAAAAUAA